AUGAAUUUAUCACUGAAAGAAGCUGUUCAAUUAGAACAAGAAUAUUCUGCUCAUAAUUAUCAUCCAUUACCAGUUGUGUUUUCAAAAGCUAAAGGAGCACAUGUUUGGGACCCUGAAGGUAAAGAAUAUUUAGAUUUUUUAUCAGCUUAUUCUGCUGUUAAUCAAGGACAUUGUCAUCCAAAAAUUAUAGAAGCUUUGAUAGAUCAAGCUUCAAAAUUAACUUUAUGUUCAAGAGCUUUUAGUUCUGAUGUUUUCGGUGCUUAUGCUAAAUAUAUAACUGAAUAUUUUAAUUAUGAAAUGGUUUUACCAAUGAAUACUGGUGCUGAAGCUGUUGAAACAGGAUUAAAAUUAGCAAGAAGAUGGGGAUAUGUUAAAAAAGGUAUACCAGAAGGUGAAGCAAUUAUAUUAUCGGCUGUUAAUAAUUUUCAUGGUAGAACUUUAGGUGUUAUUUCAAUGUCAACUGAUGAUGAAGCAACUACAAAUUUUGGUCCAUAUUUAAAAGGUGUUGGUCCACAAAUUCCUGGUGAACCAAAAGGUCAAUUGAUUAGAUAUGGUGUCAUUGAAGACAUUGAAAAAGCUUUUAAAAAUGCUGGUGAUAAAAUUGCUGCGGUUUUAUUAGAACCAAUUCAAGGUGAAGCUGGUAUAGUUGUUCCUCCAGAAGAUUAUUUACCAAAAGUACAAGAAUUGUGUAAGAAAUAUAAUGUUUUAUUAAUUUGUGAUGAAAUUCAAACAGGUAUCGCAAGAACUGGUAAAAUGUUAUGUUAUGAACACUCAAAAGGUGUUAAACCAGAUAUUAUAUUAUUAGGUAAAGCUAUUAGUGGUGGUGUUUUACCAGUUUCUGCAGUUUUAUCUUCAAAAGAUAUAAUGUUGACUAUAACUCCAGGUUCUCAUGGCUCAACUUAUGGUGGUAAUCCAUUAGCAUGUAGAGUAGCAAUGGCUGCAUUAGAUGUUAUUAAAGAUGAAAAUUUAGUUGAAAGAUCUGAAAAAUUGGGUGAGUUAUUAAAAUCAAAAUUAAAUGAAUUAAAACAGGAAAAUUCAAUAAUUAAAGAAGUUAGAGGUAAAGGUUUAUUAUCAGCUAUUGUAGUUGAUGAAUCAAAAUCUAAUGGUAGAACUGCAUGGGAUUUGUGUUUAUUGAUGAAAGAUCACGGUGUUUUAGCAAAACCUACUCAUGAUAAUAUAAUUAGAUUGGCACCACCAUUAGUUAUAAGUGAAGAAGAUUUAUUAAAAGGCGUUGAAGCUAUAAAACAAUCAUUAAAAGAAUUACCAAAUGCUGAAAAGGCGGAACAUUAA